AUAGAGCCUGAGCUGUUUACGUCCCAUUUCUGCAAAGGCCCAGAGCUCCCGCUGGAGUAAGGAGGCUCCCAUCCCCAAGCUGUGAAGUAGUUCUUUGUGGCGCUGAGGACUUUGGAAAGUUCAAAUGGCCAAACUACUACAGCAGCCACCCAAGUUCUUGCGCACAGAGUGGCAAAUUGCUAACAAAAACCAGUACCACAGAGCAGAAGCCCAAAGGUCCCGGUCUGAACGCCUGGUAGCAGAAAGCCAGAGACUUGUGGAUGAAAUUGAAAAGACCACAAGAAAAUCUCAAAGCGAUGUGAAUAAGAAACUAGAGCAGAGACUUGAGGAAGUCAGGUUCUGGAAGAAGGAGUUAGAUGAGAAACUUGAGCAGCUGGUGUACGCAACUGAAGACCUACUCCUCUAUCAGACCAGACUGGAGAAAGCCCUCGAGAGCUUUAAGGAGCCCUUGCGCAUCACAGAGAAAUGCUUGGAAUACAGGGAGAAGCGGGUUGGCAUUGACCUGGUCCAUGAUGAGGUGGAACAGGAGCUGAUCAAGGAAGAGGAGAUCAUCCGGGGAGUAAUGACCCUGCUGACCCGCACCCUGGAGCAGACAUGCGAGCAAAUCAGGUUAAACCGCUCUGCCAAGUACAAUCUUGAAAAGGAUUUGAGGGACAAGUUUACAGCCAUAACCAUUGAUGAUAUCUGCUUCUCACUCAACAACAACUCACCAAACAUCAAGUAUUCUGAGAACGUCGUGAGGGUUGAACCAAACUCUGUGAGUCUGGAAGACUGGCUAGACUUCUCCAACACCAACGUGGAGAAGGCUGACAAGCAGAGGAACAACUCCCUGACGCUGAAGGCCCUGGUGGACCGAAUCCUGUCCCAGACGGCCAAUGACCUGCGCAGGCAGUGUGAUGUGGUGGACACCGCCUUCAAGAAUGGGCUGAAGGAGACCAAGGACGCCAGGGACAAACUGGCUCUUCAUCUGGACAAGGUCAUGGAAGAGAUCACCUCCCAGGAGAAAAACAUUGUGGUUCUUGAAAAAGCCAUCCUCGACCAAGAAGGGCCUGCCAAGGUGGCUCACACACGCCUGGAGACCAGGACACACCGGCCUAAUGUGGAGCUGUGUCGAGAUGUUGCACAGUACAGGCUGAUCAAGGAGGUCGGCGAGAUCACCCACAAUGUUGCAAGACUGAAGGAAACGCUGGCCCAAGCUCAAGCAGAGUUGAAAGGCCUGAAUCGCAGGCAGCUGGCCCUGCAGGAGGAGAUCCAGAUCAAGGAGAACACCAUCUACAUCGACGAGGUGCUGUGUAUGCCCAUGAGAAAGUCCAUCCCGCCUCGGGACGGGGAUGACCACGGGGAGUGGGCCGGGGGCUCCCAUCCCGAGGCUGUCUGCUGAAUGGAGAAUUCUCAUUAUGCCGUUUCUCAUUAAACCAUGUUCUAAAACAGGA